UAAAUACAUGUUUUACCGUUUCAAACUCUUUCUCAUUGUGAUGAGAAACCAUAGUAAUAAUUUAUACCACACCACCCGAUUAAGUCUACAUACAGCUGUGGGGGUCCACUGAGAAGACAAGACUGGAAACGUCUUUUGAUUGUUUUGACUACAAUUGCUUUAACAUGGAUUUUGGUGUCUUAUCAAUCACUCCUAAAGAUGAAAGUUGUCAAUCUUCUUGGUGACACUGAAGGAUUUGUACAAUCAGACAUGUUUAAGAAGAUAUAUGCAGAAACCCAAGAUGAAGUAGGGCGCAGGAUGGCGUCACUAGGUCUACAGAGGAGGAGCUUGGACAAACCUGCCCCUUCCAAGUGUGGUAUCAACACAUGUCCUGAUGGCUACUUCGCCUUUCAUCUAAAAAGUGGUGUCGCAAAUAUACUUGGACCAAGAAUUUGCUUUGAGGGCAACAUGUUAAUGAGUGGGGUUGCCAAUAACAUUGGCAGAGGAAUUAAUAUAGCCUUGUUGAAAGGUGACACUGGGGAAGUUUUGACCACGGCCAGAUUUGACAUGUAUGAUGGAAAGGUGGAGCCGGUGGUAGACUUCCUGAAUGCCAUCAAAUUGAACACCAUUGUUCUAAUAGCCUCUUUUGAUGAACCAGCUCACAUUCUGACGAGUCAAAUUCGUAAGCUGAUUUCCGAUCUGGGAAGCACUGAGAUUCUAACACUCGCUUCGAGAGAUUCCUGGGUAUUUGCAGGAGCUCGAGGAGUAAUUGGGAAAAGCCCUUUUGAGCAGGUAAUAAAGAGUGACACGAGCAAUAAUAAAUACGGAGGGUGGCCUGAGACAGCAAACGUGGGAGGCUGCUUCCCACAAAACCCUUACAAAAAGAAGCUUAAUAAUGAUGACCUUAACAUCAAAUUGUAGGGCACCAGUUGAAGAGACAACAACAACAACAACAACUGUCCAAGACCAGGGGUGUACUCCAAGUACGUGGUUUAGUGACAAACCUGGGUAAGUUAACUCAGAGUAGGUGGUAAACCUCCUAAUAGAAGA